AUCUCAAUCAGCAGACUACAGGAGUAUUCGACGUUUAGUAUUGCAUCAAGCCAAGUGGGAAAAAUUGUACCCGCCUAUUUCCGAUAAGCGGAUUAUAAAUGUCUCGGAGUCCCCAACUCAAAGUCAGCAUUUCGGAAAAAUCUCACUGCCAGGCAAGGAUGAAGUUAUCAAUGGUCCAGACGAUGACAGCCCUGUCUCUUGUUCUGCUUCUGGUGUCAACCACGUGGGCCUACCCUUCACAGAUCCUAGGAAACAGACUCAAACGUUCAAGUUUCUCACUGGACGCCUUCCAAAUCACAAAGUGUUCCAUGAGCGAAGCGGUGAACACGAUUUGCUACGUCUGCGGAAGGACUUACGACAGUAUGGAAAUUUACAGUCAGUGUUGUGCCGCAAAUGACGCAAACUUAGUAGCUUUCUGCGAAGGAGUGUUCAACACAAGAUAGUGAACAGCAAGACAGUUUAUAUUUCAAAAUCUCGAAAGAUCUCAUCUUCCAAAUUGAAAACACUUCAAAUGAAUCUCUAGGACCUAUUUACAUGCAUCCCGAGUAAUGAGGUUGUUCCCCAGUUUUACUUGCGAUUGUGUGCUGCGUUUUAUGAACUUAUUUUUGAAUUAUUAUUGAGGAUUUGUAUCUUUAUUAAAGAUACCUACAAUCUUGCAUAUAUAUUUUUUAUAUAUUUUGUUACACAAUAAACAUUUUUUGCAAAUCUCUAGUUAAAAA